CCGAAAUACGCCGGGAUUGUAAAUGACAUAGCGUUCCUUAUAAAAAAUGACGAAAAAACUAAGUUAUUCAAGUUCUUUUUCCCAAAUAAGUCCCGCUCCGACCGCCCGACGAGUCAUCUACUUAAAAGGACCCUCCCUGCAGUGCGCCCUUCCUUUAAUUAUUCGGUCAUGCAAUACUUAUUGAAUACAAAGAAAAAAAUGAAUUUAGACCCCGUCGUAGUUAUAAAUCAUUUCGUGGCACCGGGCGUGGCUGAACCAUCUACGAUGGGGGGACAGGAAAGAAGCUUAGAUAAGAGAAUACGUUCUCGCAUCGCUUUUUUUGUAGAAAGCUCGACCAGCGAGAAAAAGUGUUUGGCCGAAGCCAAAAAUAGGUUGAUCCACUUUAUUCGCCAAGCGAAUGAUCUUCGCUUCGCGGGAACAACAAAAACCACCAUCUCGCUCUUUUCCUUUCUUCGGUGCUACCUUUUUUUUUCCAAGGGAUGGGGUUGGGGUGCAGAAUCACCUUUUUUCCGAGGAUGCCCGGGAACAACUACAACUCCUAGGUCAAUUAAGGAGAAAAUAUUGUAACCCCAUGAGUCUCAUGAGUAAGGAUAAGGUAAUGGAAUUGAUAGAUCAUUUCAUAGACCUAGGUAGGAUAGGAGAAUUGAUAAAGGGAAUAGAGAUGAUGAUAGAGAUCAUACUGAGAAACAGAAGAAUUCCGUACGGGUACAACUCUUAUUUGAACGAAGUGAAAAAAAAUAAGAUCUUUGUUGUCUAAUAGAACAAACACUAAUACCUUAAUUGAAUCAGUCAAGAUCCAAUCUGUUUAUCAAAGUGCUUCUCCGAUUGCUCAAGACAUCUCUUUUCAACCGAGGAACAAAACAAGAUCAUUUCGUUCCAUUUUUAGUCAAAUAGUGAAGGAUAUUCCAUUAGUAAUGAAAAAGGGGGUGGAGGGGAUCCGUAUAUGUUGUUCAGGUCGAUUAAAAGGUCUAGAAAUAGCUAGAACUGAAUGCGGAAAGUAUGGAAAAACAUCUCGUAAUGUAUUUCACCAGAAAAUAGAUUAUGCUCCUGCGGAAGUAUCUACUCGUUACGGAAUCUCAGGUGUCAAAGUGUGGAUUUCAUAUAGUAAAAAAAAAGGGGGACGUGCUAUAUCCGAAACGUACGAAAUAUAGUAAAUAUCGUAAAGGCAGAUGUAGUAGGGGUUGCAAACCGGACGGUACACAACUUGGUUUUGG